GUUGAUAAUCUACUUAACAUGUGUUACAAGUGCAUUUUUUUAAUUUGUGUCUGUAUACCCAGAGGUAGAAACAACACUGACAUGCAAAGAGAGGGGCAGAGAGACGGGCAGAGAAAUAAAUUUUCCCGAGGGGCAGUGGUCUUACACCUUGUGAUUUCCGCGGGCUGCUCGCAGAUUGCGGGGCUCCCCGGGAAAAGUUAGGAGCCUUUGCUCUAAAAGGCGAGGGGGAAGCCUGAGAAGACAAGGGAGACGGUAUCGGAAUAGAUUGGAUGCAAGAGGGGGCGGGGUGAAGCCAGGGAAACUCAGCCCCGGUGCAAAGGACCCGUCAUUCCAUUGCAUAAGGUAAUUUGCUAAGAUCCGCCACUUGCAUUUCGUAUGCAAAUGCGAAGGCCUCUGGGCGGGGCGGAGCGCGGCCGGGUGUCUGCACCGAGGGUCGGCGGAGCCCGGCCAGCCCGGCCAGCAUCUCUUCUCCGGCCGGCGCCCCAGAGGAUGGACGCCACGCGGAAGCAGCCAGUGAAUAACUGAAGCUGGGGCGCUUGAGAUUCGAGAUUGCGAAGAGCCGUCCGUUCAGCCUCCUCACGCCUGAGGUUUCAGGGACUGGUCAUUUCUCCAUCCCUGGAGAGAGAUUCCUUCCCCAACGAAGUGAAAAUAAUGAGCUUUUGGAGGUAUUGCUGUUUUGCUUUCAUUCUGCUCGCUGUGGUGGCUUUGGUGAUACUUUACAGUAGCCAGCUAAACGUGCCCAGGAGUUUCGGGAAGCUGAAUAGCUCCAGCCAAAGGUAUUUUCGAAUGCAAGCCUGUGAUGACGCCUUAGAAAAUAAGUCAACUUUUUUGUGGGGCAAGACCUUGCCAUCCCCUUUGGGAAGCGUCCCUUGUAAGGACUACCUGAUCCAGAAUCACUACAUCACAAGCCCCCUGUCGGAAGAAGAAGUCGCUUUCCCUUUGGCUUAUGUCAUGGUCAUCCAUAAGGACUUUGGUACUUUUGAAAGGCUGUUCAGGGCUGUCUAUAUGCCCCAAAACAUCUACUGUGUUCACGUGGAUGAGAAAGCCCCAGCUGAGUUCAAGGAAUCUGUAUGGCAGUUACUGACUUGUUUCCCAAAUGCUUUUGUUGCUUCAAAGAUAGAGCCUGUGGUCUACGCAGGCAUCUCCCGGCUCCAGGCUGACCUGAACUGCCUGAAAGACCUUGCAGCCUCCAAGGUGCCGUGGAAAUACGCCAUCAACACGUGUGGGCAAGACUUCCCCCUGAAAACCAACAAGGAGAUAGUGCGGUAUCUGAAAGGAUUUAAAGGGAAAAACAUUACCCCAGGGGUGCUGCCCCCGGAUCACGCAAUUAAGCGGACUAAAUAUGUCCACCGGGAGCACAUAGGCAAAGAUGGCUCUUUUGUGAAGAAUACUAAUAUUUUGAAAACCUCUCCUCCACAUCAGCUGACCAUCUACUUUGGCACUGCCUAUGUGGCCCUCACCAGAGAGUUUGUCAACUUUGUCUUCCAUGACAAAAGGGCCAUUGAUCUCCUACACUGGUCAAAAGAUACUUACAGCCCUGAUGAACAUUUCUGGGUAACACUUAAUAGGAUCCCAGGUGUCCCUGGCUCCAUGCCGAAUGCAUCGUGGACUGGUAACCUCAGGGCCAUAAAGUGGAUUGACAUGGAAGAUAAACACGGAGGCUGCCAUGGCCGCUACGUACACGGCAUUUGUAUCUAUGGAAACGGAGACUUGAAGUGGUUGAUUAAUUCGCCCAGCCUCUUUGCUAACAAGUUUGAGCUGACUACGUACCCCCUCACUGUGGAAUGCCUAGAACUGAGGCUUCGAGAAAGAACCCUAAAUCAGAGCGAAACCGUGAUACAGCCCAGCUGGUAUUUCUGAUCCACUGGAAUGCAUGAAGGAAAGGCUGUCGUGGUCGGGAAGAAGAGCCUUUCUCUGGGAGAGAACGCGGCCUCACCUGUGGUAACAGUCACAGCAUCGAGGUCACAGCUGCAGGAUGUGGCUCUGUUAUAUGUUAACACACCCACUGGACACUGUGAACUAUGCAAUCAGGAGGGCUGCACAGGGCGAGGCAGGCAUGUUGGCCAUGCUAGCGGGUCUCUUGAUAAUCAUUCUGUGUCAAGCUCAGGAUCUGAUCAGUGAUCAGCAUUAGUGACGUCAGACCUUUGCACCAGAUACUCAUCAGAGAGAGAUGCUCUCACCAAAAGGAGAACUCUAGGUAAUACUGUUUAGGGAAAUAAGAAUUGUGUUUCUUUGGAGAAGGCAUCUUUUGUGAUGGAUCUAUAGCGAUGCAUUCAUAGAUACCACUCCUCUUUGCUCAGCGGCACACAGGCUUUCUGGGCACCUCAGUAAUCUCCUUUAAAACUUGAGCUACUAGAAUGGAGAACUAGAUCUUGUUCCCGUGUUUCAACACAAGCACUGUCAGCUUACUGUGUCUGCAGGUCCGUAUAGAAUGUAAAGUCACUGACAAGAGGCAGGAUAUGCUUUUAGAUAUCAGUCACUGCCGGGUGCUUCAGCAAAGGGACCCCAGGGAAACAGGACCAUUUUUGUGGAUCAGAGUGUGCUUUGGUCCCUCUUCCAUUGUUUUCCAUGGCGAAUGCUGAGAAGGUCCCACAGAAUGAAGAUAUUUCUAGAACCGAGGUGCUAUUGCAUGGAUCUUGUCCCAAGUCUCUCACCUCAGAAUGAAUCACUUUCCUCUUGGAUCACCACCCUUCACCCCCCCCAAAGUGAUCUUACCUGCAAAAUGGAAUCCAAAUGCUUUGCCGUGAUGUUUUAAGGACUCCAGAGUACUCUCUGAGUAGCUUUACAAUGCAUGGUGCUGAUAAGAGUGCCUAGAUGUUUAAGAGCUUUCACCUGUGAGUGAGGUUGCUUAUCCCUUGGCCCCGUUCUCUUCCCCAAUCCAUUCACUCAGCACACAGUAAAUAUUUCUUGAGUGUCUAUGAUACACCAGACACAUGCUUGAGACAAGGAGAAAAGUAAGACAGAAGCUCCUUGACUCUGAAAUUCUUGGUAAUAGCAUCAGCGUUGGAAAGGCUGCUCUUGAGAAUCUCUCAGAUUGCUUGUAUUUUAACGCAUUCAUAUCCAGGGUUGUACUUUGUGAUGUCAGACUGGCCAGGGAGAGAUAUGAGUAAUUAGAAAUGGAGGUCUAAAUCAGGGACCAUUCCAAAGAGAGAAGGGAAGGAACAGACAGAAGCUAAAGUGUGUUGUGUUGUAGGCAUCCUGAUAGCUGGCUCAUUGCGUUAAAACCUUACAAACACUCUUGGGAGGCUUACAUGAUUACUCCCGUUUUGCAGAUGAAUUAAGUGAGGCUUAGAGAAGUUGUUAAUAAACAUUAGGAAGCAAGUUCUUUGAGGAUUGGGAUGUUUUUACUGGUCUCCUUAGUUCAAUUUCCUGAGGUUGAAUACUUAGAGCAGGUGGGAUAAAGCCAUAUUUAGUGUACCAGAGAGGGUAGGGUUUAAGAACAGUCUCAGUGUUAAUAUGAGAAAAUGUCCUGUCACAGCAUAAACAUGUGAAGUCUACUUUUGUAGUCCUAAAUCCAUCGAGUUCCAUACUAUUUAUUUAUUCUAACCCAAAAAAAGCGACUACAGGUAAUGAUGCUUUUAGUUAAAACACAUUGGUUUUAUUCUUUUUUUUUUUUCUGUAACUGUGUGUGUUGAAUGUUCAUUGUAUCUAAGGGAAUGCCUUUGAAGUCAAGCCUUAUUUUUUUCCAGCUGCUGAAAAAUACGGAAUUGCACAAAGUGGUAAAGGGUUGAAACAUAGGGAACAUACCCAGAGCUAAUGAGUCUAAAAAUCAUCUUUUCUUUCAACUUCUUUAAAUGACCCCACCUGAGAAGAAGAAAUGUUUUACACUGAAUCGUUCUCCUUUAGAACGAGAAGCCUUUUGGAAUAGAAGAUGUUUACAUGUCUGUUGCUGGUCAUCUCUAUGUCUUAAAUACUUUAAUAUUGGAAGAGUGUAGUGGGUUUUCGCUAGCCUCCAGGGACAGCUGAAACUACUAAACCCAUCCUUGUUUUUGAUGAUGCUCCAUGUUGUUGUCUUGGAAAUAAAUUAAUAUAUUGUUUUCCACC